GGGAGAAGGGGACAGAUUGCUAGUAAGCUAGCUUGGGUUCUAACGAUUAUAGAAACGGGGGUGAACGUGGUUAUGUUGCACAGGGGCGGCUUUAUUUCCUGCAACCCAUAUUGGAUACCUGUUUUUCACGAAGAGGCCUGGACCGACCGUUUUUAACUUAACCAACUGAAAUUGUUGCUUUGAUUGUAGCUAACCAUCGCGUCGUGUAGCCACAGUACAACACAGCAGCGCCAGCCGGAGCCCGUCUCCAAAACAAGAAUGGGGUCUAGGUCCACAGCACGGCUUAGGUAAAGUGACCUUUGGUUGUGUUCUCUAAAUGGCCAAUUUUAUGAAUUACCAAGAAAACAAUGCCGCUAUGUUGUUGGUGGAGAUGCAACAGAGGGGCAUCGGGACGACACCAGCGGCUACGGCAGCCAACCGUGAUACCUCAAUUGGGGAACCCCCUUCCCCUUUAUUGAAUAUCUGCGGCGGCAGCGGAGCUCGUUUUCAUCAGCACUUGCCGCCCUCCAACCACCACAGCCACCAUCACUACCCCCAGAGCUCGCUGCCCAAAGAACAACGCCCGCUGUCGCACCAGUAUCAGGCGGCGACACAGCAACAGCAGCACAAUCUCUCUGGUGAAAACAUCACGGGGUCCCCGGUAAGGAAAGCCUCGUCGUCGUCUUUGAACCUGGUACAUGAGGACCCCGCUGCUAGCCACCACGCACUCGCUGCAUCGGUGAACGCAGCGUCUGCCGCGAUUCAAUUAGCCGCGAAUGCUAACGUUAGCGUCGCUACCUCAGAAGGUGUUGUGGACGACAUUCGGAAGUGUGGCUACCUGCGGAAACAGAAGCAUGGACACAAGCGGUUUUUCGUGCUGAGGGCGGCGAGCCACCUAGGCCUCAGCCGGCUGGAGUACCAUGACAGUGAGAAAAAAUUCCGCAAUAGCCUACGGUCUGCCACAGCGGCCGGUGCAGUCGCCCCUUCUCCCCCGAAACGGGUGAUCUAUCUGUAUCAGUGCUUUACCGUCAACAAAAGAGCGGAUUCCAAGAACAAACACCUCAUAGCCCUCUACACUAAGGAUGAGUACUUUGCCAUUGUGGCUGAAAACGAGCAGGAGCAAGAGGACUGGUAUGUAGCCCUGAGUGAACUGAUGAGUGAGGGGAAAAAGGGUAAUCUAGACUCGGACGAGUUGGAUGAUGGCUAUGGUACAGUCACACCAGGUACGGUUUUCAAAGAGGUGUGGCAGGUGAACGUGAAACCCAAAGGGCUGGGUCAGACCAAAAACCUCACAGGUGUGUAUCGUUUAUGCCUCUCUUCUAAAACUAUCCAUCUGGUCAAACUAAACUCUGAGACACCGUAUGUCAACCUCCAGCUAAUGAACAUCAGACGAUGUGGACACUCAGAAAGCUUCUUCUUCAUCGAGGUGGGUCGGUCGUCCUCCAUAGGACCAGGGGAGAUAUGGAUGCAGGUAGAUGACUCUGUAGUGGCUCAGAACAUGCACGAGACCAUCCUAGAGACCAUGAAGGCUCUGAAGGCCUUUGCAGAGAUUCGCCCCAGGAGUAAGAGCCAAUCAUCUGGCUCCAACCCCAUGGCGUUCAUCACCACCCGCCGUCACCUAGGCAACCUUCCGCCAAGCCAGACGGGUCUCCAGCGCCGCUCCCGGACCGAGUCGGUGGUCGGGACACCGCCAUCGAGUAAGAGCUCCGGCGCCAGCGGCUACCGCUUCAGGACGUCGAGUGAGGGUGAGGGGACGAUGAACCGGCCAUUCCGGUCCGUUACCGGCAGCCUGAUCCACCUGAACACCGCCCGGAUACACCUAGGGCGCCAGGAGGGCGGGGGAGGUGCAGGGAACACCGGGGUGGGAGGGCGCUAUGCCAGGGCGCUUCCGGGCUCCACCUGCCACGCCCGCUCCGCCUCGCUCCCCGUUUCCCACUUCUCUUCUACCACCUCCCCUGUCAGCGUGUCCAGCAGCAGCGGUCACGGCUCGGUCUCCGACACCCUCACCCGGCCCUCUAGCGCGUCCAUAUGUGGCUCCCCCUCUGACGGAGGCUUCAACUCCUCUGACGAGUACGGCUCAAGCCCCGGAGACUUUCGCUACUUCCGAGUCCGGAGUAACACACCCGAUUCGCUGGGCAACACCCCACCAAUCAGAGAAGAGAACUGCCUGAGCGACUACAUGGCCAUGGGCUGGCACCGCGAGGUGUUUGGAGCAGGCGGCAUGAGUAGCUCUGGCGGCGCUGAGGCCCCCCACCGGGACGAGAGCACGUCGACGGAUGAAGACCGGUCUCUGAGGAGACGGACACACUCGUUCACACGGCCCGGGAGUCAGGAUGGUGUUGCCGGCAGUAGCAGCGGCGUGGCGGUGUACCAGAAGAUGACCCAGACCACCUCACAGGAUGAGUUGGGGUCUGUGGAAGAGGUUCUGUCUCUGGUCCGCACCGGCAGCAGCAACCAGCCUUCCUCCUCUUCCUCCCUCCGCUCUGACUACAGCUCCUGCUCCGAGCACAGCCAGGGCCGACCCCCUCCUCUCUCCUCCUACCCCUCCACCUCGGCCAAGGAGGACAGUGGCUACAUGCCCAUGUUGUGUGGGGUGACAGCCUCACCCGGUGACACCCCGGACUACAUGCCUAUGCAACCUAGCUCCCACUCUCACCCAAACCACCAUCACCACUCUCUCUCACACCCUCCCCAUCCCCAGCCCUCCCACUCCCCCCAGGCCUAUAGCCCUUCCCUGGCCCCACGCUCGGCCAACCAGCUCCAACCCCACCAGCCUACGGACCCCCAGGGCUACAUGAUGAUGCUACCAGGGGGACGGAGCUCCUCUUCCCCAGUCCAGGCCUCCCCAAGCCCCCACAGCAGUAGCAGUAACAUGGGUCUGGGUUUAGGUAGUGUCAGUAGUUCUGGUAGUAUAGUGGAGCAACCUGAGACUGGAGAAUACAUGGACAUGUCGUACAGCAGUGGAGGAGGGGGGAACGCUGCAGGUGGACGGAAGCUCUCCAACGAGGGGGGAUACUACGCACUGAGCAUCUCUGAAGGUACCCCCAAAUCAUACAGUCCCUACUUCUCCCUGCCUCGCUCCUACAAGGCCCCCGUCGCCAGAGAUGGAGAACAGAGAGAAAGGGAGCAUGAUGAAUACGUGCUCAUGAGCUCCCCGGCAAAACCCGUCUACUCCCAGGUCGCUGGCAUGACGACGAAGGGUGUCAGUAGUGGGGGGUCAGACAGCCCUCACGCCCACCAACCCCCGCCCUACAGGGCCCACCACCAAGCGGCUCACGGUGACCGGCGAACGACCCCGGUUCGGCCCAACCGCCUCCCCCUGGGCCGCCGCAGCUUCCACGGGUCGCUGAGGGUUAGUGAGCCAGCCGCUGCCGAGCGACCCUCCAGCCCCGGCGAGUACAUCAACAUCGAGUUUGGGGACCCCUACGGACCCCCCACGUCCUGCCCUCUCUCUGACCAGUACCUCUCACCCUCGCUGGGCUCUGUCGAGCAGCGCCACUCUCCUCCCCAGCCACAGAACCAGGACUAUAUGAGUGUAGAGGUGGGGGUUGGAGGUGGUGGUAGUGGGGGUGAUGAUGGUUGCCGCCUGGCUAAGAACCAGUCCCCCAGACCCUCUCUGGUGGCCCCCUGGAACCCACCCAGCUACAUUCGACCCCUGACCGCCGGGGCCUCCCUGAGCGUGGCCCCUGGAUCUUCUGGAGCUCACUGGCGGACGGGAACAGAUGGCUACACAGAUAUGACGUUUAACCAUAGCGGGGGUGAGGGGUCGCGGGGGUCACAGAGUAGCCCCACAGCCAUGCUGCAGCACCUGUGUGUGAUGGAGUGCCGCUACCCCCCUACCUUACUCCCCCACCAUGUCACCCCUCCCUCAUCCUCCAGCCUACAGCCUGAUCCCCCCAUAGUGGUACGUGCUGACCCCCAGGGGCGACGCAGACACAGCUCUGAAACCUUCUCCUCCACCCCUGGAGGAGGCAGAACCACAAGCUCCAGCACCGGCACCAACCCGCCCUCGGGCUCAGCCAACCCCUCGGCCCUCAACGGAGCUCACCUGGCGGAGGGCUCCAAGUGGGCCGGCUCUGGCUCCUUUGACAGUGUGUGGAUGUGUGUGGAAGGGAUAGGGGUGGAUUUGGACAGUUGCCCUGCCCAGCCAGGGCCCUCUGAUCUGGGCAUGGACUCAGCCUCCUCUGGGGGCCCUCCUGGAGGUCGUAUGUGCAGGAAUGUGUCUGUUGGUUAUCAGAACGGCCUCAACUACAUCGCCCUGGGGCUGAGAGAGGACCAGGACUCUAACUCUGUCCCCAUACCCCAGCAGCAGCAGGGGGGUACCGGGCCGACCCCCAACGCCCCCUCAGCCGGUAACGUGACUGUGCCGGUAGCAGAGAACAACGGAGCCUACGCCAGUGUAGACUUCAGCAAGUCAGAAGGGAUGACUACCACGUCCACGGACUAAAGCUGGAUGGAGGAAUCUGAUCUGAGAUAGAGGGGUGUACUACAGACCCCCUGACUAAGUCCCUCCGGCACCACACCACCACCCUUUGACCUUCAACCUCGACCCCAAGGCUGGCCCACAAGGUCACGCUCCCUUUGAACAACAACAUCACGAAGAUGAAGACUGAAGGCGCUCGCAUUUUCAAAUUUUUUUUGUUGACUUUUUUAAUUUCAGAUCUUUGUUUCCUCAGUGGCAGGUUUUGAGGCUGCUCUCGUCGUUAAAGGACUUUAGAUAUAAAAACAUUAUUUCUGAUCUACAGAGCAAAAAGGGAGCUUCGCUCAAACACAGAAUUGCUGUAUAUUAAUAAUAAUAGCCAAAUAAUAAUACAUCUCUUAGACUGGGUUGAGACUGGUCAGUAGAGUUUACUGUUAAGUAUUACUCUUAUCCUAGAGUUUACUCUUAUCUUCUCACUGAGAAACUGCUAAAUGUAUUUAUAGCCACAUAGUGCAUGUGUUAUUCUAACAUGAUUUAUUCAGUAUUUUUCUAUUAGCAAGCAGAAAAUGGUACUGGACUCAACGAUAGUCCCAGUUUUCCUGGUGAAAAAUAUUUUCCAUAAAAGAAGCAGGUACUUUAUUUCCACUUAAGGGCCUUAUUAGCACAGGUCUGGUACAGUGUGGCACACACACACAGACAUAUAAUAAUACACACACACACACACACAGACACACACACACACAGACAGACAAUGUCAUACACUUUCACAUAUCUGUCUGCUUGUCUGUCCUCUUUAGGCUACAGUCAGGGCCGUAACCAAGGUUUUAGUGAGGUCCGGAUUUUUUGGGGGACGUUGAAGCUCAUUUACUGCAUUUCUAUACAAUAAAAAAUGCUAUUUGUAGAACAGCAAAAACAAGCGUAAUUACGACAGCCAUUAUUACCUUGGCUGCUGUAGGUUCAUUCAUUCACCUCAGUCGAUCUACAAACAUAUAUUAGCUAUACAAUUGUAAUGAUUCAAAUUGACACGUAGCAUCAGCGACUGUUGAGUCAGUUGUAAUGAUAAUUACAUAGCGUUCACAUUUGUAUUCCUAGGCAUUACUAAUCAAGCUCUGCACAAACAGACAUCAAACGAGCACACAGAUCGUAUUAUCACAUUCACAUGAAUUAUUAGAAUAUUACAAUUCUGUAUUAAUAUCAGUGAUGUAGUGGUAAAAAGAAAAAGUGGGUAAUGGGUCAACUAUAAACUCCAGGGGUUUAUAAACUCCAGUGGUAAACAGCUACCAAUAUAAACGAAAACAUAUGUCAUUUUUAUUGUGCUGUAUUGUUUGCAUUUUGAUUUGAAGAUAGGCCAUGCGGAGAAGUUCAUAUUGAAACAUAUCUUUGAAGUUCCUAACCUGUUUUAAAAGAUUAGUUCCGAUUUUCUCAGGGGACCCCACAUGGGGCCCAGACCCAAGUUUGGGAACCAGUGUACUAAUCUCCCUCUCCUCUGCUUCCAUUGCAGCCUGCCUCAACCUCAACACUGAGUGCCACAUCACUGUCUGUCUCAGUAGCCUACUCUCUGUAAAGCAAAGUUAUUGUGAGAACUGAGCCAAUUUUUUGCUCCUGUUGAGGUAGGCUUCAUUUAACAUAAGCUUCUUACUUCAUCCUUCUAGCUGGCUAAGUAAUACAAGCCAGAGCCCUUCAACAUUACUGCAAUCGAGGUCUCUGCCGGCAGCUAGCCACCUGACUGACAUAUCUAUAAGUGACUAUUUACCAGUUGUGCGCUCAUUCUCAGAUAGUCGGUUUUUGUUAGUUUGGCGGAUGUCUGUAGACACAGCAAGAGUGGCGGGACUGUUUAAAAAUUGCCUUUUGUCUGUCAUCUCACAAACACACUGUCAGCAACGUCUCUAGUUGCCUACUUGAGCCGAUUCCGAGCUGGGGUAGUUCGUUUUCAUGUCUCAGGCCCUCAGUCUGUGCCACAAGAGGGCGGAGUUAGCCAUUUGAGAGAGUGGUGAAUGUGCUGCUAAAAAGGAAAAUCCGGGAGGCAAAUCCGGGGGACACAGGCAAACAUAAUAAACAAACCACUGUUCCUGAUUCCACUCGUUCGCAAAGAAGCCAGCUGGAUUUAAAACUGUCAGCUCAAGAAUGUGAGCGUUCUGAGAUUUGAUCAAUGCUGAAAGCAAUAUUUAGAUGUUGACCCAUAAUAGAUUCUUUGUUAUUGUGUAAAAAAUAUUUUUUGUAAUUAUUUUUAUUAGAAAAGAUUAGAGGUCCGGACCUCUGUGGCCUCAUGUAGUUACGGCCCUGGCUACAGUAACUGACCACCCACAAAAACACACACGUCCCGUUUAGGCUUGGCAACGCCCCCUGUUGCUGUGACUCCACUAGUCCUUCAGUAAGGGUGCUGGGUGACGUUAGGGGUUCCAGUAACUACCCCCCCCCCAAGGUGCACACACACUCAAUACACACAGACAAACACACAAUCAAUACACAUAGACACACACACACCUCUGCCAGCUUUAACUUCCCUGGUUAAGCACGCUAGACCCCUCCCAUUGCCAAGCAUGUAGGCUGGCCGUAGUGAGGGGGAGAGAGAGCGGAGGGGGAGUGAGGGUCUAUUCUCGGCCUAAACUGGGAUCCACAAGAACCAGUUGAGAUGUUUGCCGGAUAUGACAACGUUACUUUAGGGUUAGCGCUGGAAAGUGUAGCUACAACAAAGGGUUAAAAACAAGAGGAGGUACAAGUAAGAUAAAAUACUUCGUCCAAUAUGUUGCUUGGAAUCAUUUGCUUUAUUAAUCUCAACAGAACAGCAGCCCUCGCACAUCUUUACAUCUUGCCACAACAACACACAUUUCCACCAUCGAUUAACCACACAGCAAGAUGACUCCGUUAGAAAAGUCAUGUUACCAUCCUAACUGAAAGCCAGCUGUAGAUUUAGCUCUUUUUCAUUUUCUUUCAUUUCAGUAUUUUGACUCGUGUGCCAAGCCUUUAAAAAAAAGAUGUAUCCCUCAAUGUUUUACCCUCCUGUCUCUCCCUUCUGAAAGGCUGAAAGCAGUGAGUUCUGCUGGAGUACUGUUGUGUAUUUUUCUGUGUAAUCUCUUUCAGCCUUUUAUAUAGUUAACCCUCUCUGGGUGUGGGAGGGGUGGGGAGAGACAGGAGGAUAGAGGGAGGAGAAGAUGGUGGCACUAUCGAUUGUGUGACUUGUGUGUGUGUGACUGUUGUGUGACUGUUGUGUGACUGUUUUAUUUCAUUCGCUCACUCCCUUCCCCCUCUCCUUUCUCUUCCCUCUUUCUCCAUCUCCCUUAGUCAUUUGAAAUGAUGAUGACUGAACCAAAAUGUCAGUGAAAAUAAAAAAGAGCUUGAUGCUUGUUGAGAAGAGGGGGGGAUUAGAAGGGCUCAAAAGUACCAUAGUACGUUUUGUCGGUGCGUUAACUUCAGUAUGAAGAUUAUAUAUUUGUUGGUGCAGAAAAGUGGACAAUGUGAAAAAGUUGACCCCCGAAACCCUUCAACAACCCGUCAGAUCCCAUCCAACUAGCUACCCCUCCUGGAAAUAGUGUGAGUUACCCCAUUUGGGACAAAUAGUGUGAGUUACCCCAUUUGGGACAACCAAUGUCUUAUAUGGUACAGUUAUGGGGCACAGAACCUACUGUUACUGUAUGUUAUGGAAAAGGAACUGUUACUAUACCUACCCAAGGCUGGAACCAUAGAACUGGAAUUAUCAUCAUUCUAAUUCUAUGGUUGGAACACAUUUAAAGGCUGUACUGUGAUUUAUUUAUUUUUGGUUACGCUGCAGCGCUUCUUGGCUUUGAGCUAUUAGAUUUGACCAAUACAAAAGCUUUAUUUGGCAAGACUUUCUGUGAUUGAGAAGUUUUACUUAAUCAAUUUCCUAAUCAAUUCAAUCAAAAAUAGGCUUGAUAAUCGAUACUCAUAAUAGCCUUGUUCAGUUCUAUACUAUUAGGUGGAUGAUGAUUCUACUUUGUACUGUCCUGAUGUUCUGUUGAUGAUAUAUUAUAGGCCACUAUGGUUACGUCCCAAACUCCAUACUAGCAAUGUAUUGGACAUGUAUUCUCAGUAGUGUGUGACUAGCUACUAGUGUGCAUACUAAGUAGUAUGCUAGUGUGGAUGUUGGAACAGAGCCGUAGCGUUUCGAGUUAACGAUAAUAAGAAACUAUUUUAGAAAAUAAUGGGGAAAUUUGAAAUUCUAAUAAUAACUACAUAAUAUAUUACAGAGGAACUAAACGGUACUGCAUAAAUAAAUGUGCAACAGUAUUUUUUUCUUUUUUUAUCUAGUUUAUAGAAAGCAUAAGUUAAAUCUCCAUAGUUUUUUGGGUGUUGUGUUGAUACUUUUGGUUGACCUCUUAAAGACGGGGGUUUAAAAUGAUUUUUUAACUAAACGGAGACAGUGGGCUUAACUUGUUUUCAAGAGUAUGAGGACGUAGACAUUUAGCAGUUUUGUAAAAAACAGAAUAAAAAAAUAACCUCUGAUGUUUUGUAACUAUUACUAUUUUAUUUGCUGCUGUGUAGUACUACAAAAUAACAAUUUGAAUGCUGUUGAUUGAUGGCAACCACAACGAUGAUGAUGUCAUUUUCAUUGCUACCUGUGUUUUCUUUCAGAAUUUAAUGCCAUUGUUAUUUAGCUUUAUGGAACAGACAGUUCUUCAUACGGUGGAGGUGUUGAUCCUCGUAUGUGCAUUAUAUUUCUCUGCAACAUAUGUCCUUACGAAAAAGAAAAGGUGUAAAAAAAAUAAAAAAAUACAUGAUUUAAAAAUUAGAACUGUUCUUGGUUCACCCCCACCCCCGUACAUAUAAUAGUAUUUUUUUCAUGUUAAUUGCGCCUCCAGGCGCCUUUUUGUUUUCCCCUCUUUCUCUCUUACUUCAGGAGGGAAAGGGGAAUGGGGGUGAAGUCCUAGUGGAGGAAUUUGGAGCAUUGCAUAGUGUUUAUAUUUAUCAGACUUUUUUGCUUUCGAUAGAGCUAUUGCAAUAAAAGUGUUCAUGUACAUCU